GAUGUUUGUCUAUGGUCUAGCGCAAUAAACGUCAAUUCGUUGUGUGGUGUUUGCAUAGUACUCGUUUGUAUUUUUGCUGCAGAUGUUCAGCAAGUUAUCUCAUCGUAUCAAUUUUGAAGGCACUUUAGAUGCCAUGUACCCUGUGCAUAUUCAAAGGAACAGGUUCCGUUCAUCCUAACAUUUAGCGAGGAUGGCCGCUUCGGGAUCUGAAAUCGAAGACUUCUUGAACGGGCCUCUCGUUUCGUGGUUGAAAUCAUGUCUGCCGAAUCCAGAAAGCAUCACAGAAUACUCAUCUCUCUCCAAUGGAGAUAUUCUCCACCAGAUCUACCUCCAGAUUGACCCAGAACCUUCCUACCACAUUACAAAAUUAGCUGGUUUGGAAGACCAAGCCCUCACUCUGGGGAAAAUUAAGAAUUUCGAUGCUAUUAUCAAAAAUGUGAAGACAUUGUAUGAGGAGGAACUGGGCAUGACCUUACUGGUGGUUCCUGAAUGUAUAUGCUUAGGCAAAGCUCCAGAGUCUAGGGAGGGAUUGGAAAAUAUGAAGUUAUUAGUUCUAUUACUUCUGGGAGCUGCAGUACAGUGCCCCAACAAAGAGCUUUUUAUCACGCGCAUCAAGGAACUAGAUUUAGAGUUGCAGCACAGCAUUGUGGAAUGUAUUAAGCAGGUUACAGAUAUGCAAACAGUAGUAUUGACACCUGAUGCAAUAGAUCUCUUCCAAUCUCCAACCAUGUUCAACCACAUGCGGAGGCUCGCUAAAGAGCGGGAUCAUUAUCUCCAAAACUGGGCUUCCAUAGUCCUUAAUGAGGGCUUGUAUGACAAUGAUAAUGAAAACAAAAAUGGAAAGAGUCGUUCUACUCAAAACGUAAAUCAGAGUAAUGGAGAAAGCCAACAUCUAGCUGUGGAACUGGCUGACUGGAAAGCUCGUUUACGAAAACAAAGACAAGAGUUAGAGGAAAAAUCGGAACAAUUGUCAGAAUGUCGUGAAGAAUUAGAGCAUACUAAGUUGGUCCUGACAAAACUACGUACUGAUAGCCAAGAAUGGUUCAAUGAAGCGAGAAAAUCUGCAGGGUAUAGGGAUGAAGUAGACGCUCUGAGAGAAAAAGCUGAUAGAUGUGAUAGAUUAGAGCAAGAAAUUCAGCGUUAUCGUGACCGCCUUGCUGACGCAGAGUAUUAUAAAACACGGGUAACAGAGUUACGUGAAGACAACAAAGCUCUUAUGGAGACAAGAGAUGCUCUAGAAGAACAACUGCUGAGGGCAAGGAAGCGAGCUGAACAGUGUCUGUCGUUAGAGGCUGCUAUGAUUAAGUUGAAGAGAGAAGCAAAUGAUAUUGCCUUGGAAAGAGAUGCUGAUCAGCGAAAAAUACAAGAGUUAAUAGAAGAAAACAACCAUCUACAAUAUAUUACCAAAUCAGUCUUGAGUGAAAGUAACAACAGUAAUUUAGAUUCUGAUAAUGAAGGCGAGAGUACAUUAGAAUCUGGCGAAAAUAGUUUAUCAGAGCAAUUGACAAGUAACGCACAAGCUAGGGCUUUAAAACUCGAAUUAGAAAACAAAAGACUUCUAUCUACCAUCGACAAUCUAAAGGAACAGUCACUGCUAGAAAGUAGUGAUAAGAUUUUAGAAUUAGAAAAAGAAAAGAAAAGAUUGACAUUGAAGUGUGAACAGCUGCAAGAAAAUUGUAAUAGAGUUGUGCAACAAAAUUCUGAGUUAGAAGAAGUUUUUAAAAAUGCUUUGGAGGAAAAUAGAAAACUACAAGAUUCCUUAGACAGUCAAAAAGUAUUUAUAGAUCGGCAAUCAAUCGAUCGAGACUCCGAAAAAAAUAAAUUACAAGACUUUGAGCGGCAUUUAGAAUCGUUGACCAAAGACAAACAACGAAUUCAAAUGUUAUGUGACUCUAUACAAAGAAGAGCUGAUGAUUUAGAAAAGACCCUGGAUGCCAGAACUAAAGAAUUGAAUACUGUUAAGCCAGAGGCUGAUAAAGUAACAGGCCUCAUAAUUCAAUCAGAGGAGCUAAAAACAAAGCUUACUUAUAGCGAGAAGGAAUCGCAUAAUCUUCAAAGAGAGGUCAACAAAUUAAGAGAAGCAGUUGAAGAAAAAGAUGUUUCACUUGACAAAUUUAGCACUGAAAUUGAACUGAAGAAAAAAGAAAUCGAAAGAUUGAGCAGAGAGCUAGAAAUCAGUCAAAACAUGAUAUGUAAACUUCAAGAUUUAGAACAGAAAGCACAAGAACUCAAAUCUCAAAAGAAAGUUGAUUCAGAGACUAUUCAAACGUUGCAGAAAGAUUUAAUAUUGGAAAAAGUAAAUUUCGACAAAUUAAGAAAUUGUAUGGACAAGCUGGGAAUCAAUGCUUCUGAAGUUAUCACUAAAGAUAUCAGUGUGGAAGAUUUACUAGAAAAGAUAAUUACUAAUUCUGACCAUGAAAUAUUAAUAUCUGAAAUAGCGGGUAAGGCUAAUUUUACAAAAUUAGUUCCUUGCGAAUGUAACCACAAGGAAAUGGAUUCUGACGAGAGUAUAGUGAAUCCUCAAAUUGAACAACUGACGUCGGAUCUGAUCGCUUUGCAAGCUUCGCUAGAAAAUUGCCAAGCUGAAAAUGCAAAACUGCAAGUAAAUAUAGCAACACUAAAUUCCCAAAACGGUUCCUUAAUUUCACAACAAAUGACUUUGCAACUUGCGAAUAGUCAACUGGCAGCUGAAAAAGAAGAGAUUGUGAAACAGCUUGAAGUGUUAAAAGACAAACAAGAUAAUCUCUUAAGGGAUCAAGUCGCUUUACAAACACUUCAUGAGCAGUUAAAUACAGAAUAUGAAAUGUUGCUUAGCGAAAGAGAGCCUGUGAAAACUACCAUUCGCGAUCUGAAAUUAGAAAAUCGAGAAUUGAAAGAGAAGUUAGAGAGUUUCGAAAAGAAAGUAGCAGAAUUUGAAUUAGAACGAGAAAACUUGAAAAUUGAAUCGAGAAACUUGACUAAUCUUCGAGCGGAGCAUUCUAAAUUGAAGGACGAUUUUAGAAACCUUUUUACUGCGAGUGAUAGAUUGAAGAAUGAAUACAGACAUAUGCAAGAAGAAUACAGAAAUCUUAGAAGUGAAGUUACACAGCUGAAAUUAAGGAAUACUGAAAUGUCAGGUGAAAUCAACACUAAAACAGAAAUCAUCACAAGUUUGGAGUUAGAAAUCAAUAAAACUAAUCAGCAUUGUGAGAUGUUAGUUCAGAUGAACAAAAGUUUGGAUGCUGAUAGACGUUCCUUGAUGGACCAUGUCUCCCAACUGUUAACUCAAUACCAUGAACUACUAGCACAUUCAUUAAAGGACAAACAACAUUAUCACGAAGAAGAAAAAAUGUUCGCUGAUAAAGUUAAUGCCCUGUGUCGCCAAAAAGAGAAACUAGAAGAGAAGAUAAUGGAACAUUAUAAAAAACUUGAUAAUUGCACGCCUAAGAGAAGAGGAUUUGGUGCAUCAUUUGUUAAAAGAGUUCGAAAGGCUGGCACGGAAUUGAUGAAUAAGGUUCCAACUAGAAACAAUAAAAGAAUAGAAGAUGCUGGUCGUUCCAAAUCACAACUAACACUAGCAGGAUCAGAAUCAGGUGAAUCAGAUCAAGGCAGUCAAGACCUAGAAAAAGUUUCAAAAAAUUCUGAUUUAGACCAGGGUUCUUCAAACCUUAGUGUUGAAUCACCAAGACAUAGUUCGGAUUCAAAUUUCAGCAGACGCUUCGAAGAUAAACUAUUGAAAAAGUCUGAUAAUGACAUGACUGGAUCUAUUCCCAGCCUAGACACUACAAGAUUGACAGGCGAGACUAAUUUCGUAAGGAGACUAUCGGCUACGUCUAUGCACAGUGGUGGAGGAGAUGACGCACUAAUAAGAGCAUCGCUUAGAAGGAGACCUCACAAAGCUGUACCACCUUCACAUAGAAACAGUUACCAGGGCCUAGAAAGUGACACAGGACUGCCAGCAGCAUCUACUCCUUCUCCUGUUUUCGGCACGGCUGGUUCACGACGCACGGUUUAUGUAGCGGAUGACAAUCCCGAUGUUAACCUAAACGCAAAACCUCAGAGUACACCACUUAAAGAAAACCCUACAUACCUGGUGUACAAUAGAAUAUCUACAGUGAUCGGUGACGGCGCCUGUCAAAGUAUGAACGAAAGAAGUGAUCUCCACCGAUCAAUGGAACAUCCGCAAUCUUCUACAGAAGACAACUUACCGGAAAGAGACCCGAGACAUGAAAGAAGAACAACUAGUCGAAGUGACAAACCAGACAAUUCAAAAGAAUCAGCAAUUUGGUAUGAAUAUGGUUGUGUGUGAAUGAUUGCCAAGAAAUCUAUGGUUUUAAACUAAAGGAUUUAAUAGAGUUGAGACUGAACCAUGAUGCCUUUUAUAGUAUACUCAACUGAAAAAGUAUGAAGAAACAUGGUUAGUAUGUGAAUGCAUAGCUCUUAUGAUGUUACUAUCAUGCAUUGGCGCUCUUAUAUUUAAAACAAGUUAUGACACUAUUAUAAUUAUGAACUGCAUAUUUAUGACACAAUGAAAUGACAGUAUUAAUUUUGGCAUUUAUUUUUAAGAAAUCAUGAUUAAUUCCCACAAGCUUUAAGAUUUGUUACAAUACUUCCAAUAAUUGUAAAACCUGAUAUUAUUCCUUACGGAUUUUUAGAUUUUAUACUCAUUGUCUUUUUGAGGCUAUUUCAAUAAUGAUAUUAUUAACAAAACAAAAUGAUAUAGGUAUUGUUUGAAAAGAAAUGCGAUUUCUAAAUGAGAUAUUUUACUGUGUAGCAGAAUAAUUUGUAAUGUUGACAAAUAUUUUGGUAAUGGUACACAUCCUUGCCAGUGAUACUGUGACAGCUACUUUUUAAGUUAUUUCGAAGUUUAAUAUUAUACUAUUUUAUCGCUAUACUUAAGCAUAAUGUGUAAUUGUACAAUAUUUUUACUAUCAUUUUAUUUUUAUCAACGAAGUGUUUUAGUUCUACUAACAUUUUAUAGUUAAGCAAUUUCUUGAAUGAACAAAAGAUUAAUUUGCAUUUGAACUUGCGACAUGUUUUGACAAUUUUUAAAUUAUAGCACAGUACAAAUGAUUGAAUAUUUAAUUUUAUGUAUCCCGACUACAACUAAUAGUGUAAAGUUUAAGUUAAUUUAAGUUUUGCUUUGUAACAUUAGUUAGAAGAGCUUAGAAAGUAAGUUAUUUUAUAUAUACAUUUUUUUAAAGGAAAAAUUGCAAAACAGCAGCUUUUAAAAUUUAAAGUGUAUCUCUACAUCAUCAAGUCAAUGUUACCUUAACUUAUUUGCACUUUUGUGCAAAGUUUUAAAAUCCAAUGUAGUGCCUUUAUGUUUACCUUGCGAUAGAAAAGCACCAGGUACGAAGUUUAUUUUCAACUAGUUUUAUUAGCUCAAUUGGUACUAAAAUAACUUAUGGUGCUAUUAUCAAUUUGUAGCAAAACAUUUCAAGUCUCUCUAUUGGAAUUGAUAAAAAAUAACAACAAACUGAUAAUUAUUUUUAAAUAUUAAACCAACAUAAUAUGUUAAAAUGUACUUAAUAAUCGCCUCUCACCGAAUUUAUACAUAUUUUAGCACAUGAUUUCCUGACCACAGGUCUUAUUAAAUAAACUUUUCAAUAAUAA